AUGCGAGAAGAUCUGGGACAUUUAGGGGGGGGUGCGGUAUCCGCUCAACCCAUCUGGAAUACAAGGGAUGGUAUUUGCAGCUCGCCAUCUCCUCCUUGUAUUUUUGUACAGAUUUGGCAGGGCGCAGAGCUAUGUGGGCUUGCCAAGUUGAUUCUAUCCCAACUGCCACCAGAAUCUUGCCAGAAUAUAGCUUUGCAGGGCUACGAGAAGCUUCUCGAGGGUGAGUUGGAUAUUUUUGCGGUCACGACCGAUCGCAGCAUUGGGAAGCUUCAUGUGUUAGUUCAUGCUGGAUCGCAGGAGGUCUUGCAGGUGCUUCAAGCUCCAGCUCCACCUGAUUGCGAGUUCACACUUGAAGAUGCCGCGGCGGGCAUCAUGAUCCUGGCAUGCCACGACAUUGAAGAACUCGAGCAAAGCAUCACGCAGCAGUUGCAGACGGGGCCACUGAAUCUGCGGGCUUGUGAGCCUGGCCUGACCAAAAAGGAAGCUGAUUCACUUACUGUUUGGAUGAAGGCAGAGACCAGCACAAAUGAAGGCAGCGUUUGGAUGGCUUUAAAACCACGCAUCGAAGCAGCGCAUCAGAGCUUUGACCAGUUGGUGAAGGAUGUGGGAGAGGUUUCAAGCACCUCAGUCGCCCUCGAUUUCCUGGAUGUUGCGGCACCAUCAAAGCUCCAGCGGCAAGACAUUGCCAGGGUCUUAAGACUACGCGGAAUUGAGCUUGGCUGGAAUACCUUGGAAAGUCUUUUCCUCGCUUUGGGGUGCCAGAGUUCACAGGCCCUUCCAGCGGCUUACUUCACUCGGCUGUUCAAAGCAAGAGCCGAGAAGAGGAUCGCAGACAUCGCCACGCUCCGGCAAUUGGAAGGGCAAGUUCUGGCAUGGGCUGGGCAAUUGGAGAGCCCGAGAAAGCUGGUGAAUUCGUUUUCCAAGUCUGAUGGCACCAUGGACCUGAUGGGACUGAAGGUUCUUCUCUCACAGGGGCCCGUUUCGCGGAAUGACCUGGAUCGCCUGGCAGGAUGGCGCUUUGAGGAAUUGGGUGCCCGACCUGGAGGAAGCGUUCCAUCAGAAUCAGUCUUGCAAUGGCUCACGAGGGAGAUUAAAGUGCAGCAGCCAGAGAAAGGAACCCAAGCUUGCCUUCCUAUUGAUGGAAACACUGCCCAACAAGAGCAGGCACAUUUGGACCAGAGGCUGCUAGCCUUUUCUCACAAAAAUGUCAAAGUGGAUGAACCUGGACAUCAACACGAACUCAAUCCCGUUUCCACACACAUCGAGCGAAGCGUCGGAUACCCAGUUGUUCCUACCGAGGUCGCGACUGGAGUGUCAUGGGAGACGGUCGAACGAAAGGAGCGCCUCGAGGCACGCGUCGAGGAACGCGCGGAACGUGCGAGCAUCCAGCUCUCUCAGCCCGUGCGCCGAAUUGAUGAUCUUCAGAAACUGGAGGAGGCGUUUUCGACCUUGCUGAAGCUUCCACUUCACCGGGUGAAGGUCUUCGGAGCGGAAGGUGCAUCCAGGAUUUGUCUCCUGAUUCGUGAGGAAAGCCAUCAAGGUCACCUUGGUCACCCCAAAGGCCUGUCUGCCGAAGCUGCUUUGCGGGAUCUUGCACAGCAGAUGAGAGAUCCAGCCAAGCUGACGGCAACUGCUUUGGACAUCUAUUUCUCCUAG